UCCAGUCUGCACAGCUCCAGGUACUGUGCGCUGGAAACUUCCUGAGGGGGUUAAUGUGGACGGAGAGCUCAUGGAAUGAGGGAAGACCAGGGAGGAAAGUGAGCGGACAUUAUGUACAGUCACACUGGUGUCUUCUCCUGGGUCCACGGAAGGAUGAGGACUGCUGUGAGCCUGUGGUAACAUGCAUUUGGGACUCUUUUCUGCACCCGCACUGCAAUGGGCAAGCUUCAUCAAAAGGGCGCUAACCUCCCAGCCCUCCAUGCCUACUGACUGUGAUGGAAGAACUUGAUAGUAAUGUGAGAGCACAAGAGGGAUUCAGUGUUGGGGAGAAGAUAGUUCUCAUCACCUUCAUCACAACAGUCAUCCUGAUGGCCAUUCUGGGUAACCUUCUAGUGAUGGUGGCAGUAUGCAGAGAUAGACAGCUAAGAAAAAUCAAGACCAAUUACUUCAUUGUGUCACUUGCAUUUGCUGAUUUGCUGGUAUCAGUACUAGUGAUGCCAUUUGGAGCCAUAGAGUUAGUACAAGACAAAUGGAUUUAUGGGGAAAUGUUUUGUCUGGUACGUACAUCGCUUGAUGUUCUUCUGACAACAGCAUCCAUCCUUCAUCUCUGCUGUAUUUCACUGGACAGAUACUACGCUAUCUGCUGCCAGCCUUUGGUUUACAGGAACAAAAUGACCCCACUGAGGAUAGCGCUAAUGCUUGGGGGAUGUUGGAUUAUCCCAACUUUUAUAUCAUUCCUGCCAAUUAUGCAAGGAUGGAACAGCAUUGGCAUCCUAGACUUGAUAGAAAAGAGAAAAUUCAGUAACGACUCCAAUUCUACAUACUGCAUCUUUAUGGUCAACAAGCCGUAUGCUAUAACAUGUUCAGUGGUAGCUUUCUACAUUCCGUUUUUCUUGAUGGUGCUUGCUUACUAUCGUAUUUACGUCACAGCCCGAGAACAUGCCAGACAAAUAGGAGUUUUACAGAGGGCUGGUGCCCCAGCAGAUCAUCGACAUCAGCAUCCUGAUCAACAUACUACUCACAGGAUGAAGACAGAAACCAAAGCUGCUAAGACACUGUGCAUUAUCAUGGGUUGUUUCUGCCUUUGUUGGGCCCCAUUUUUUAUCACCAAUGUGGUUGACCCUUUCAUAAACUACACAGUACCAGGGCAACUGUGGACCGCUUUUCUCUGGUUAGGCUACAUAAAUUCAGGGUUGAACCCUUUCUUGUAUGCCUUUUUGAACAAGUCUUUCAGGCGUGCCUUCCUUAUCAUUUUGUGUUGCGGGGAUGAGAAGUAUCGAAGACCUUCCAUUUUGGGGCAAACUGUCCCAUGUUCUACCACAACUAUAAACGGAUCUACACAUGUACUUAGGUAUACAGUUUUAUAUAAUGGACAUCAUCAGGAGAAUGAGCAACUUCCAAUCCACAAUGACCCAGAGUCACAAGAAUCCUGUUUAUAGCCAACUCCUAAGAUCCAAUGCGUGGAUAUAAAAUCAAAAGCCACACAUGGCACAAAAGAGCUGCUUGCA